UUGUAAGAAAAAAAAGGAAGGAACUUCAGAAGGGAAAUUCAAUUCCCUUCUUGUUGUUCCCCUACCACGGCCAAUUGAUCUCGCGGUGAGGAACAAUAAUCCAGAACAUUAAGCAAAAGUCUUAAUUCAAUACCACGAAACAAAUGCAAGUGGAUUUUUGCUGACAGAGGUGAUCAUUGCAACAACAUCGUACACAACAUCAUCGUCACACCCCACCCUGUUCAACCACGAUUCCUGCCACCAAAACAAUAAUAAAAUGGCCUCUCGCUCCUCGUCUAUCGCCACCUCAAUUCCACCUUCCGGCGUCAAGAGAAGGCUCUACCAAGUUUGGAAAGGAAACAAUAAAUUUCUCUGUGGUGGAAGAUUAGUUUUCGGUCAGGAUGCAUCAUCUCUUUUUCUAACAUCGUUCCUGAUUGGAGGUCCUGCAAUUACAUUUUGCAUAAGAAUGCUAUUAUCAUUAAAGAAAGAAGACCCUCACUUUAGCAACCCUGUACUAAUUGGAGGAGUGGUUCUCACAGUUUUGGUUUUUGUUUUUCUCUUCAUGACAUCUAGUAGAGAUCCAGGCAUUAUCCCCAGAAAUGCACAACCACCUGAAUUAGAUGAACCUUUAGACAUAAACACACCAUCCAUGGAAUGGAUAAACAAUAAGGCCCCUAAUUUGAAGUUUCCCAGAGUGAAAGAUAUGACUGUUAAUGGUCACACAGUAAAGGUGAAAUUUUGUGACACUUGUUUGUUGUAUCGUCCGCCACGUGCCUCUCAUUGUUCUAUUUGCAACAAUUGUGUGCAAAAGUUUGAUCAUCAUUGCCCUUGGGUUGGUCAGUGCAUUGCAUCACGUAACUAUCCAUUCUUCAUUUUGUUCAUAUCAACAUCAACCUUGUUGUGUAUAUAUGUGUUUGCUUUUUCUUGGGUUAACCUUCUCCGACAAAAGGGUAGAUUGUGGGUCAACAUGUCACAUGAUGUUCUAUCAGUUACUCUCAUUGUUUAUUGCUUCAUAGCUGUUUGGUUCGUGGGAGGGCUAACGGUUUUCCAUCUUUAUUUGAUUUCCACCAACCAGACAACCUAUGAGAAUUUUCGGUACCGAUACGAUAAGAAGGAAAAUCCAUAUACAAAGGGAAUAAUGCGAAACUUCAAAGAACUUUCCUGUGGUAGGAUCCCAAAAUCAUUGAUAAAUUUCAGAGAAUGGGUUGUGGUUGAGGAUGAUAUUCCAGAUGAAUCGUAUACUACAGAUUUGGAAAGAGGUUUUAUAAGCUCAAAGCACAAAUUUGACAUGGAAAUGGGAACAAUGUAUGGCAAAGAUGGUAUGCGAGUUCCUCCCAUCUUGAAGGAACUGGAUUAUAGUGGCAUUGAUGAUACUUUAAAGAAAAAAGCAGGAGAAAAAGAAGGUGAAUAUGAUAUCUUUGUUCCUGCUGAACAAACUAAAUCCAAAACUGGAGGAGCCAAUGCACAAGAAGAGAAGCAGUGAUUCUGUUGGUUCUUUGAAGAUUCUUUUGGCAUAUUCUGAGAGGGAAUGGACUCUGAGGUUAGAAUAUUGAUUUUCUGAUGAAUGAAGAAACAUGCAAAAGGGUACAAGUGGUUUCAUUUAUAAUGGAACUUCUAAAGUGAAUGAAACAAAUGACAUGUCUCAAUGGAAACUUAGAUAUUUUCAAUGUUGAGAGAGAAAAAAAAAAGUGACUAGUUACAAAAACUGACAUAUGUUCACAUAUGAAUGCAGG